AUGGAUCUGCGCCCACUGUUUGCGCUGAGUGUUUGCUCCCGAACAACGGUAUCCAGCACUAAGGCAGCACGUUUGUCGUUGAAAAUGAAGCUGUUGGAAGAGCAACAAGCGAUGGAGAAACGUCAUCUCGUCGAGAAGUAUGCAAUCCUGGAAGCGGAGCAGAACGAAAUGGAUGAGAGGGCUAGCAACCGAAGCAGGGUCAGCAGAAGGACGAGCCUAGAAAGGGUAAAGCAGUGGAAGCAGCAAUGCACUGUGGGUGAAGGCGCAUAUGGUCUUCCGCCGGUGGGUAAAUCGGCAGACUUUACAGCAGCCUCUCUGAAUCAGAACUCACGCAUCCCGAAGGACUCGGAGCGAAGCAAUUCGUACCAGCACGCUACAGCUAACAUCAAUAUGCCUACUUCGGAAAAGCCAGCUACAGAUACAACAGUGCAGCAAGGCAGACAACACCAUGGGUUCGGUUUCUACAAACCACCGUUGAAUUCAACAGUAAAACCAUUCAACCUUCAGAGUCUUUCUAAGCGGGAACAGCAGCAGUACACCGGCGCGUUCCCCAAAUCAACUUUGGUACAACAAGAGGUAGUCAACACAAGAGGUAAUGUCGAACCCCAAGUGCCCCCCGUUGCACGUGAAGGUAAGCCACUUUGUGAUCCAAUUAUUAAUCCACCUGUACCAUCAAAAUUCGAACACUCCCUCCAACAAAUUAUCAAACAAUUUGGAACGAUGGCAUCAACGGCCACGAUUCCGUCGUUGGGAGUGAAUGUGCUUCCAAUCGAAACAAAACCCGUUCCGUUGUCCGGAACGAAUGUUGGCUUACAGCCACCGGCAAAUCCAAUUAUUCAUGGAUUCGUUCCCCCACCCGCGGGUACGCCGAUUUCUGGCCCGUCGCUAAUAAACCCGGUGCUAUCUAUCGGAACAGUUCCCCCUCCGCUGGGACUACCGAUUAUUGAUCAAUUUACUCCCUCCCCCUCGCAGUUAUCCGCGCGUCAAGUGAUGCCCCGCGAUCUACCUACGUUUUCGGGCAACCCAGCUGACUGGCCAAUAUUCAUUAGCACCUUCAUGAAUAGCUCGUUAGCGUGUGGAUAUAAUAGCGCCGAAAAUCUCGCGCGUCUUCAACGUUGUCUGAAAGGACCCGCGUAUGAAUCUGUCAAAAGUAGAUUGUUGCUUCCUGAAUCAGUGCCGCAUGUAAUUGAUACCCUUCGUUUGUUGUAUGGACGACCUGAAUUGUUAAUCAGUGCUCUACUACAGAAAGUGCGCAGUGUUCCGGCGCCGAAAGCGGAAAGAUUGGAGACAGUCAUCGACUUCGGUAUAGCUGUGCGUAGUCUCUGUGAUCACCUGGAAGCCGCUGGACAACAAGAGCACCUAUCCAAUCCCACGUUGCUGAUGGAGUUAGUGGGGAAACUGCCUGCGCACACUAAGAUGCAAUGGGCGGAUCAUAUACAGCAGCAUGCGGUUGUCAACCUUAAAGUGUUCGGGGACUUCAUGCUCAGGGUCGUCACUGCCGUUAGCAGAGUAACAAUGUACGUUGGCGAGGACGGCGGCUAUCAGCAGAAGCCUAGGCAGAAGGGAGCUGUGAAUACCUACACGAGCGAAGCGGAGUCAUUUCAGGAAACAAUGCGCGAGAAGGAACGGGUGUGUGCGUGCUGCAAGAAACCAGGGCACCGAGUAUCGGCGUGCUCUGCGUUUAAAGCGUAUACCGUAGAUAACCGGUGGAAGUUUGCGCAAAAUAACGGGCUGUGUCGGAGCUGCCUUAAUGCGCAUGGAAGGAGAAGCUGUAGAAACGCAACACGGUGUGUGAUCGAAGGAUGUCAGUAUCGUCAUCAUCCGCUCCUGCAUUCUGAUCGAGUUAGUUCCAUUAGUCGUCCUACCCAAGGAUCGUCUACAGUACAGAAUCACACGCAUCGGCAAAGCAAGCAGGCUCUUCUAUUCCGUAUUAUACCAGUCGCCAUCUCAGGACCGCGAGCUACCAUCGAAACUUUCGCUUUUCUGGAUGAUGGCUCGGAUCUAUCGCUGAUCGAGAACGACCUAGUAGAGCAACUAGGAAUCGACGGUAGGACAACACCUUUGUGUCUGAAGUGGACAGGGAACGUCACCCGUGUCGAAUCGGAUUCGAAACAAGUUCGAAUUACGAUCACAGGAGCUAACAGCGCAAAACAAUUCACUAUUGAUGAUAUCCGUACUGUAAAGGAGCUUACUUUGCCGGAACAGAGUUUAGAUUACGGUGAACUGGCGCAACGUUAUCGUUAUCUCCAAGGUUUACCGAUUGUCAGUUACGCAAAUGCUGUUCCCCGUCUGUUGAUAGGCGUUAACAACGUGAACCUCACUGUCCCGCUGCAAGUGAAGGAAGGCAAGAAGAGCGAUCCUGUUGCAGUGAAAACCAGACUAGGAUGGUGCAUCUUCGGCGGUACUGGUAAGGAGGGCACGCAUUCACUGAAUUACCAUGCCUGUGAGUGCACCAGCGACCAGGACUUACAUAUUGCUGUGAAGGAAUAUUUUUCAAUGGAAGAUGCAGGAAUGAAGCCGUCGAUAGUACUGGAAUCCGACGAGGACAAGCGAGCUAGGAGCAUCAUGGAGCAGUCGACGAGACGAGUAGGUGACCAGUUCGAAACAGGUCUACUGUGGCGGUACGACGACAUCGAACUUCCGGAUAGCUACAAUAUGGCAUUCAAGAGGUUUGAGUGUCUGGAGCGCAAGAUGAUGAGAGAUCCAGAGCUGGCUGCAAAUCUGAAGAACCAGAUAGCGGAGUACCAGCAGAAAGGAUAUGCGCAUUGUGCUACGAAGGCAGAAUUAGAACGAGCAGACCCAAAACGCGCGUGGUACCUGCCGCUAGGAGCAGUGACAAAUCCCCGGAAGCCAGGUAAAGUUCUACUGAUAUGGGACGCAGCAGCAAAGGUGGAUGGAAUAUCUCUGAACUCUAUGCUGCUUAAAGGACCGGAUCAACUUACAUCGCUUCCAGCAGUUCUGUCGCGGUUCCGGCAAUAUAAAGUAGGAGUGUCUGCAGAUAUACGAGAAAUGUUCCACCAGCUGUUGAUCCGCGAGCCGGACCGUCAUUCUCAACGUUUCUUAUUCUGGAAUGACCCAACAAAACCGGUGGAAACCUACAUUAUGGAUGUGGCAACAUUUGGAUCUACGUGUUCACCGGCGUCAGCGCAGUAUGUUAAAAAUAAAAACGCGGAAGAAUUCUCGGACCGUUUCCCACGAGCAGUAGAGGGAAUUCUGAAAAGCCACUAUGUGGAUGAUUAUCUCGAUAGCUUCGAGAAUGACGAAAAAGCCGAGCGAGUGUCGCGGGAAAUUGCAACUAUACACCAGAGAGGAGGAUUUCAUCUUAGGACCUGGGUAUCGAACAGUGCUGGAGUUCUUCGUGGACUGAAGGAGGCGUCCGCCAACCCUAGCAAAAGCCUAUGCUUGAACGCAGCGGACAGAGGCGAUCGCGCGUUGGGCAUGCUCUGGCAGACUUCAGAGGAUGAGUUGCUGUUCUCGAUGGAAAUUAAAGAGGAGAUACAACUGGUGAUAGAUAACGGUAAGCGGCCAACAAAACGUCAGAUGUUAAAAUGCCUAAUGGGCGUAUUCGAUCCACUGGGAUUGCUGAGUGUGUCUCUCGUUCAUGGAAAGAUUCUCCUUCAGGAUGUAUGGCGAGCAGGAUUGCAGUGGGACGAACAGGUAACUGAAGAAAUAUUCGAUCGUUGGGUCAGGUGGACCGGUCUGUUCCCUAAAAUCAGAGGCCUGCGGAUCCCACGGUGCUACUUCAAGGAAGCGAAUGUGCAGGUGUAUGAUCAUCUUCAAUUGCACGUUUUCGUCGAUGCAAGUGAAGUCGCUUUCUCCGCCGUAGCGUACUUCAGAGUGACCAACACGGAAGGCAAAGCAGAGUGCUAG